AUGAAAUACAACCUGCAGACACCGUCUCCAUUUCGCCUCCCGCGUCGCCAACCUCCGGCGCCCCGCAGCGCUGGGCCACAGUUCGCCAACUCACCUCGGUUUCUUCUAUCCCAGUUGACCCCGCAAAGGGGGGCAACAGACCUCGAUAUUAUUGAUGAUGAUGUGCGACCAUCAAUCGCUGGAGUUGUCCGCACCCCAGCUCAUUCUCGAACGGCUCUUCAACCUCGCCGACCGAGAGACGUGAUCGAUGAUUUCGACAACAAGCCUUCUACGCAAUUUGGCUCCCAAAACAAACAUACCAGUCAUAUUAGCGAUGACGAUAUUGACAGCUCUCCACCGGAGAAUUCAGAAACUCCUGGUGUACUAGACCCUGAAUUCGACGUGCUCUUUGCACCCACGAGGGAUGGCUCAAAACGGCAACGUUUGUCUGCAGGGCUGCGCCAAUCGCUGGAGCAAAAAUUAGCAUCUGAACCUGAAUCGCCCGACACACGAAGAAUUCUGUCUGCAACCCUCGAAACACCAGCCCCAUGCCGUAUUGCGCGAAGCGCUGUCACCCAAGAUCUAAGCGUCCAAGCAACCCCAGGCAAUUCUAUGAAGCCUGAUGGCCCAGGAGUAUCGACUCCGGGAAGUAUCAAAACGCCUUUUCGAAGCCGGCCUAAAUUUGUGCUCUCAUCAAAUAAACCGCCCGGUAGUCAAAAACCUUUCCGCGGGGAGAUGCCCACAGCAUCUCAACCGGCUUCCCCACCGGAAAGGCGCAAGUUAGCUUUUGUCCUCCCUCGGUCACCCUCGCCAAUCACGGCAGAUGAAGAUAUACCGGCUCCAUUUUCCCCAUCUUCGCGGACACUUCAUCGACGUGGGCGACAUCGUUCGGGCACGUUGGGUUAUGCUGCAGGCGGUAUGGCAGCUGGCGUGCGCAGCUGGGUUCUUGAAACAGGAUCUAAGCGCGAGCAACGGCCCAUUCGCACAUCCGUGGAAACAAAAGCGGACAUUGAUCAGCACUUAGAUCGAUAUCUAGUGGCUGCUCGUGCUCGUCAUGUUAAACAGGCAAUGUUCGUUAGUUCUGGCCCUCUGGCAUUUGUCCAAGCUGAACAGAUUAGCAGCUUGUCUGGAACAGCGGAAGAAAGUCAACCUCUCAACCUACUGUUAAUGGGGCCCCCUCGGACUACUACCUCCUCACAUCUGCCCUCUGCGACCCGAACGGGGAUCAUUCAAGAAGGGGCUCUCGUUGGAAUCUAUCGUGGCCUAGCAUGGGAUCUAGAAAUUCAAGAAUUCCAGUCCUUUAUAAAUAAUAAAGGCCUAUCUCCCAGUCUAUCCGAGACGGUCGACCCUGAUGACCGCAACCGACGCUGGCUAGUGGCCAUGGAGUGGGAUCUUAUUGAUGGUAUUGAUGGUGGCCCUGGGUGA